UCGACGAGAAAAUCAUGGAACAAGAUCAAGUUAUAAAUCUUUAUUAAUGUCAACAAAUGAUCGUCUUUCGUUGCAAUAUUCCUCAACUGCAAGCAAACCCAUACGCAAAAGAAACAACGAUGUUAGCUCUCAUAGAUCCAUUCAGCGACCUUCUAAUCCUUUGUCGCCUGUAAACAUCAAUGUUUCCAACCCUGUUCCUAAACAUCCCCAUGAAAAUCAAUCAGAAGAUUUUUUAACUCAGAAACCGAAAUCAUCAAUUGCAACAAACACAAUCGUGUCUGAAGCCCAUGUAAUGAAUACGUCAUUCAACAAUGCAAGCAAUCCUUUGCGAUCCUCUGGUCUCCCAAAAGGUAUUCAAUUUCCAGGCAGUAAUGGUAAGAAACACUCAAAGUUCAAUAAUAAUUCCCAGAACUCUGAAGUGGUGUUCACGUCUCGGGAAGGUAACUGGUUAUGUAGUCACUAUAAAAGACAUUGUUUUGUUAAAUUUGAUUGUUGUGAGCAGUUUUAUCCCUGUCAUCGUUGUCAUAACAAUCAAAGUGCGUGUGGCAACAAGAAGCUUAAAUCACGUGAUGUAAAAAAAGUCAAAUGUGCUUAUUGUAGCAACGAACAAGAGUUUGGUGAAAAGUGCACGAAUUGUGGUGUUAAAUUUGCCGAAUAUUUCUGCGCUAUAUGUAAACACCUUACUGACAAAGACGACCAUCCUUAUCAUUGCGAGAAAUGUGGAAUUUGCAGAGUUCACGGAGAUCGUUCUUUUCAUUGCGAUGUUUGUGGUGUGUGUCUUGAUGUACAACUGCGUGGUAAUCAUAAAUGUAGAGAAAACUCCGCACAUGAUGAAUGUUGUAUAUGUUUAGAGGAUGCUUUCACAGGUUGUCAAAUAUUACCAUGUUCUCAUAAAGUUCAUAAAGAAUGCGCCAAUGAAAUGAUUCGAAGAGGAAUAACACGCUGUCCCAUUUGUCGUGAAAGUUUUGCUCAUAAACUUGAAAAGAAAACUCCAUCGAAGAGACGUCAUGGUGGAAGACAUAAAUGACAAGCAGCCAUUAUAUAGAUUUACAUUUUGUCCUUCGAUUGGCUGCUUUUAAUUUGAUUAUAGAAAACGAUGAUUUGUGUUUUUAUGAUUUUGUUAAAUUCCUCUGGAGAUGUGUACAUUAUUUUGAACAAAUUGAUAUAUUUUGUUUCACGUUUAAAA